CAUAAGCAAUAUCAGAAACGACAAGCCCAGCAAUUAACGUUGUGUGAUGACUAUCAAUGAAAACUGAACGUUAUCAUUUGUAAAGACCUAAUAUUUAAUACAGACUCCUAGUUUGUCUAGUAUCAUUUGUCUGACAUGCUUUUGGAUUCAGAGCUCGCUAACGCCGGAAGGCCUUUAUUUCCCGGGAACGACGUGGACGACCAGUUGAAAAGAAUCUUCAGGUUGUUGGGCACGCCGACAGAAGAGCAGUGGCAGACCAUGACCAAGCUCCCAGACUACAAGCCAUAUCCUUUGUAUCCAGCCACCACCUCACUGGUCAACGUGGUGCCCAAACUCAGUAGCACAGGUCGAGACCUACUCCAGGUACGAGACACGACAUUCUGCAGAAUGACGGAGUGGUCCAAAGUCUGGACAGGGUCUUUUUGAAGACCCGCAUAUAUU